AAACUGCAUCAUUUGUUUGUCAUUUUGCUCCGACGGCAUUUGGUGCGGAUUGUUAAAUCAUAGUUUUAUUUUAAUAUUUUGUAAGAUUCAAUUUGAAUAUUCUAGAUUGUUUCCAAUUACGUAAAAUGGCUCGUCAAAUCACUAAGCUUGGUUAUUUGGACGCCAAGAAAACCCUGUUUAUGUUAUGCGAUCUGCAGGAUAAAUUCCGACCCGGCAUGAAGAUGUUCGACCCUGUGAUUAAGAACACCAGCAAGUUGCUUCAGGCUGGAAAAGCAUUGGACGUCCCAUUGAUUGUAACUGAACAUUAUCCGGAGAAGCUGGGUCAUAUCGUUAAGGACUUGGACAUCAAACAUGCUAAAGGAAUUUACGCAAAGACUCUAUUCAGCAUGAUGACUCCAGAAGUUCAUAAUAAGAUCAAGGAACUAUUCCCAAACAAUCUGGAAACCGUUGUUCUCUUCGGACUUGAAUCGCACAUUUGUGUGGAACAAACGGCUAUGGAUUUGCUGGAUAAUGGAUAUGCCGUCCAUGUGGUGGCCGAUUGUUCCUUGUCACGCACACUGGAGGACCGCAAAUUGGCUCUGGAACGUCUGAAGCAAUAUGGAUGUUUCGUGUCUACUAGUGAAAAUGUUAUUUUCAAACUAAUGAGAGACAAGCAGCACCCAGCCUUUGACAGUGUUAAGGGUUUAGUACGUGAGCCAUCAGUAGAUACCGAACUAUCGAAAUUGUGAAUGAAACGGUAUGAUGAAUGGGACUUCACAUGGCAUUUAUAUUUUUGAAAAGCGUUACAUUUGUUUUGUAUAAUGAAAUUAUAUGAAGAUAUGGAUGAAGUUUGUGAUCUUCUUGGAAUAUAUAUGUUGCUCCAUAA